GCUCCGACCCACCUCCCGGUUUCAUCCCUCUGGAGCCCGAGUUCCCUUCCCGCGCGGCCGUCGUGAGGCGGCCGCCUGCGUUCCCGCGCGGGGCCGGGCGAUGUCUGCGUGGGGGUCCCGGCCCGUGGUCCUCGGCCUCGGGUCCCGCCCGCUCCGCCUCCUCCUCCUCUUUCAGCUGGUCGCGGGGCGCUGGGGCCCGGCCGGCGCGGGGGGCGGAGCGCCUGGAGGAUUAGCUGAACCAUCCUUUGUUGCAAAACAUGAAGAUAGUUUGUUUAAGGAUUUGUUUCAAGACUACGAAAGAUGGGUUCGUCCUGUGGAACACCUGAAUGACAAAAUAAAAAUAAAGUUUGGCCUUGCAAUAUCUCAAUUAGUGGAUGUGGAUGAGAAAAAUCAGUUAAUGACAACGAAUGUCUGGUUGAAACAGGAGUGGACAGAUGUGAAAUUAAGAUGGCAUCCUGAGGACUAUGGAGGAAUCAAAGUUAUACGUGUCCCUUCAGACUCUCUCUGGACUCCAGACAUCGUUUUGUUUGAUAAUGCGGAUGGGCGUUUCGAGGGGGCCAGCACGAAAGCGGUCGUCAGGCAUGAUGGCACGGUGACCUGGACGCCGCCAGCAAACUACAAGAGUUCCUGUACCAUCGACGUUACAUUUUUCCCAUUCGAUCUCCAGAACUGCUCCAUGAAGUUUGGUUCUUGGACUUACGAUGGAUCCCAGGUUGAUAUUAUUUUAGAGGACCAAGAUGUAGACAAGAGAGACUUCUUUGACAAUGGAGAAUGGGAAAUUGUCAGUGCCACAGGGAGCAAAGGGAACAGAACGGAUAGCUCCUGUUGGUACCCGCACGUUACAUACUCCUUUGUAAUCAAGCGCCUGCCUCUCUUCUACACCUUGUUCCUUAUCAUUCCCUGUAUCGGCCUCUCGUUUCUAACCGUGCUCGUCUUCUACCUCCCCUCCCACGAAGGGGAGAAGAUCUGUCUCUGCACGUCAGUACUGGUCUCUUUGACUGUCUUCCUGCUGGUUAUCGAGGAGAUCAUCCCCUCGUCUUCCAAAGUCAUCCCUCUGAUUGGAGAGUACCUGGUGUUCACCAUGAUUUUUGUGACGCUGUCCAUCAUGGUCACUGUCUUCGCCAUCAACAUCCACCACCGUUCUUCCUCAACACAUGAUGCCAUGGCGCCUUGGGUCCGCAAGAUAUUUCUCCACAAGCUUCCCAAACUGCUCUGCAUGAGAAGUCAUGUAGACAGGUACUUCGCUCAGAAAGAGGGGACUGAGAGCGCUGGGAGACCAGAGUCUUCUCGAAACCCACUGGAAGCUGCGCUUGAUUCUAUCCGCUACAUCACCAGACACGUCAUGAAGGAGAACGAUGUCCGUGAGGUUGUUGAAGACUGGAAAUUCAUAGCCCAGGUGCUGGAUCGGAUGUUUCUGUGGACUUUUCUUCUGGUUUCAAUUGUUGGAUCUCUUGGGCUUUUCGUUCCUGUUAUUUACAAGUGGGCAAAUAUCAUAGUCCCAGUUCAUAUUGGAGAUGCAAAUAAGUGAUACCCACCAAGGGGACAUAGUAGGAAUUUAGUUACCAAAGGCACAUGUAGCUCUGGUACCUAUAAACUUAGAAAAUGUAAAUUGUGCUUGAAAUUUGACACCAGCUUUAACAGACUGACAGUUGCUAACAUUGGUUUAUCUUAAUAGAUUGCCCAUUCGAACAUUUUACCUGCAUGAGUGAAGCACUAACUGACUCAACAUUUGAUCUAGAAAUAACAGCGAAAUAGUAGCUGAACUGUGCUAGUGAAAACCUAAUGUUUGUAUCCUGG